CGAUAAUAACUCAACGACCAGACACAAAUAUAUGUUCAAAGAAUCAAAGGUUCUAACCUACUAUCUUCACAUGUGGCUGGGAAAAAAAAAUAGUUUUCAGUUUCACAGUUCACGGGAAGCUCUGUUGAAAAUUUUCUCCAAAUUCCAAGUAGAGUAUUCUCCAUUACAGAAAAAAUUGAGGAGUUUCAAGAUUUUCAAUUUGUGAACAAAUUUUUCUUACUGUUUUUGGGUCACUUCGAUGUCAAUCUUGUACCUUUUCCUAUGCCCUCUUCUUCUCUUUUCUCUGUCGCUCACUGAAAGCCUAGACUGUAUUUUCGUUACCAUCAAAACCCCACAUUCUAUCAACGCUUUCUACUCCAAAUUUUGUUCUUAGGGUUAAUUUUUCUCGAUUACUUCGCCUUUUUCUAUCUCCUCGAGCUGUGAUCUUUCUUUAAAACCAAAAAAAUACUUUCCCCAAUCCAUUUUCCCUUUCCCUUUCCCCUUCUAUCUGUUGUUUUUGUUCUAAACUUACUGUUAUAAUAUAUAUAUAUAUAUAUUUGGUGCUUCCUUUUGCGUCAGGAAGAAUUUUACUCAAAGCAAAAGCAAUCUUUCAUUUUGCACAAUCGUUUUCUGAGUAGGGGGGGAGGGGGAAGAAAAGGCUUUUCUCUCUGUCUUCUUACAUAGGUUUUGCUGUUCAUUCUGUUUCACCCUCUGUUCUUCUGAAAAUAUGGGGUUUUCCCCCUGGAAAACUGAUGGGGUUUGGUUAGAUUGUGUCAGAAACAUCUGGGUUUUGCUACAAGAGUUGAGUAUUUUAUAGUUCAACUUCAAUUUAUACUAUUUCUUCUUUGAAGACUUUCAUCGAACACCUUGUUGGUAAGUUCAAACCCUCAGCUUUUCUACUUCCAUUUGAGAAAUUAUGGGUUGUAUCCAUACAAAAUGUUGCUGUCGCUACCCAAAAUCGUUGGUUGGAGAAUCCCAAGACUUUCGACAAGGGGUUCCUUAUUGUCUUCAAGAUAAGAACAACACUGUGAUUGAGAAAUCCUUGGAGUUGAUUCCUGUUGCUUCUCACAACUAUCAUUUGGAAUACUUGGUACUGGCUCAGCGGGGUUACUACCCUGAAUCUCCUGAUAAAGAAAACCAAGACAGUUUCUGCAUUAGAACAAAUAUUCAAGGUAACCCAAAUGCCCAUUUCUUUGGUGUUUUUGAUGGGCAUGGUCAAUUUGGAAUGCAGUGUUCAAACUUUGUAAAGGAUAGAUUAAUAGAAAAGUUAUGUAAUGAUCCCACAUUGUUAGAUGAUCCUGUACAAGCUUAUAAUUCAGCAUUUUUAUCUACCAAUGAUGAGUUACAUACAAGUGAGAUUGAUGAUUCCAUGAGUGGAACAACUGCAAUUACAGUUCUUGUUGUUGGGGAUACUCUGUAUGUGGCUAAUGUUGGGGAUUCAAGAGCUGUAAUUGCAGUUAAAGAAGGGAAUUGUGUUCUUGCUAAGGACUUGUCUAAUGAUCAAACACCAUUUAGAAAAGAUGAGUAUGAGAGAGUUAAACUUUGUGGGGCUAGAGUUUUGAGUGUUGAUCAAGUGGAAGGACUUGUGGAUCCUGAUAUUCAAUGCUGGGGCGACGAAGAAAGUCAGGGCGGCGAUCCGCCUCGACUGUGGGUUCAAAAUGGAUUGUAUCCUGGGACUGCAUUUACUAGAAGCAUUGGUGAUAGUACUGCAGAAAAGAUUGGUGUAAAUGCUGUUCCUGAGGUUUUGGUUCUUCAGCUUAACCCCAAUCAUCUUUUCUUUGUGGUUGCCAGUGAUGGAGUUUUUGAGUUCCUUUCAAGUCAAACUGUUGUUGAUAUGGCAUCAAGUUAUGCAGAUCCUCAAGAUGCAUGUACUGCCAUUGCUGCCGAGUCGUAUAAACUAUGGAUGGAACAUGAAAAUCGAACCGAUGAUAUAACGAUCAUUGUUGUUCAAAUCAAAGGCUUGUCUAAUUCAGGUGCUGAGCAUCCUUCCAGCACUGGGAUGGAGACUGCUUCUUCGAGAAUCGAUUUCUCAGAUCUACCUUCCAAACCGAACUCUCAACAUGUUGCUGUGACAAAUCGGAACCCAGUGAUCGUGGUUCCAACGCUGAAUAAUCAGACACCUUUAUAAUGCUUGUUUAUUCAGACUUCAGUGUUACUAUAACAUUCCUCCACCAGCAGAAGAAACUUGUAAGGCAUCCUGAAAGUUGAAACAAAUACCCAUCUUCCAGUUCAGCAUUGGACCAACUAAGUUGAUAGAGACAGUGGGUUGGUAUCUUAGACGUGGAAAAAUGGAUGGAUUGUUCUCUUGAUGGAUGCUUGCAAAUUCAUGAUAGAGACUGAAAGUGAAAAUCUACAGUUACAUAAAAAGGACAAGACAGAGAAGGGAAUUUAAUGAGGUGGUUAACUUCAAAGCUCAAUGACAAACAAGUUUGAGACCCCACUUUGUUACCUUGUCUCUUCAAUUCUGGCUGGCAUGGUAGUAAGGUAGAAGAUGUUGUUAAUAGAGAAAAAUAAUACCCUUUCUUUUUGUGUUUGCUUAAGGUAGAUCCAUUGCUUGAAAAGUGUCAUGUCAAUGGUUUAGUUUGUUGUGAAGUAAACUUGUGGCUGAUUAUCACAUGUUGUUGGUCAGAGGGACCCUGAAAAACAUCCAACUUCAAUGCAUUUUCUCAUUUCAAUGUUUUAUGAUUCAAAUUCUCAGACCCCAAAUCACCCACAUGUAUGUCUUACAUUAACUUUAAGAGACAGAGUUAACAUGA